CUGGUAUACCAUACCAUAACAAUUCGAACAGCUCCACGUGCAGAGAAACUGUGGGUAAAGAUGGAGCUAAAGAAGAAAAUGAAGCCUCUUGUGGAUGCCACAGUGGAGCCAGAGCCGAACCCGGAAUCGACAAAUGGGAAACAACCAAAGCGCCGAAAUCCAUUCAACACCCAGCGGCUGAAGGAGGAAAGGGAGCGCCGGCAAAAGAAACGUGCACGUCUAAUAGUUCGCAACAUAAGUUAUAAAUCCACGGAUGAGACACUGCGUCAACACUUCCAGCAGUGGGGAACUCUCGAAGAUGUAAAUAUACUCAAGCGAGGUGAUGGCAAACUGGUUGGAUGUGCCUUUGUCCAAUAUGAAACCAUCAAUCAGGCCACAAAAGCUAUUAAGGAAGCAAAUGGCAAGGAAAUGCUGGGAAGACAAGUCUUUGUUGAUUGGGCGCUGGGCAAAGAUGAAUACACCACCAAGCACGUGAAGGAGGAAGAUGAGGAGCAAGAGGAAAAAAAGUUAAAAGUAGAAGACGAAGAAAAACCAGAUGUGGAUGAAGAUGAGACGGUAAAAGAGGAAGACUUAGAGGAUGAUGAAGAUGACAAAGCUUCAGGCAACGAAGACGAAGAAGAAGAUCAGGAGGAAGAUGGAGAUUCCGAUGAGGAGGAUGAUGACAAAGACGAACUAAAAUCUAAAUUGGAUGUGUCCAAAGUUAAAAAGGAAAAACAAAUCUCCGACGAUGUUCAGCAGGGAUGCACAGUAUUCAUUAAGAAUGUGCCUUUUGAUGCCGAAGAUGCUGAUUUACGUAAAGUUUGCCGCAAAUUCGGUAUAGUUCAAUAUGCCAUCAUUAAUCGACAGCAGAUCUCGGGCCAUUCCAAGGGCACUGCCUUUGUGAAAUUCAAAAACAAAGAGUCAGCCGAUCUCUGUUUGCAAGCUGGCACGGAAUUCAAACUAAUGGAGGAGGUUCUUGACCCCCAUCCAGCCUUAUCCCGCGACGAGAUUAAGAAUAAACAAAAGCAGGAACAGAGCAAAGAUGAUUCUGGCAAAGAUUCGAGAAAUUUAUAUUUGGCCCGCGAAGGUCUUAUCAUGGCGGGAUCAAAGGCAGCCGACGGAGUAACCACAUCCGAUAUGGCUAAGCGACAUGAAUUGGAACAAGUGAAAACACAGGUUCUAAAGAACUUAAAUCGAUUUGUUUCCCGCAAUCGUUUGUCCAUUCACAAUCUUCCUCAGAGCUACGAUAAUGAGAAACUUAAGCAAAUGGCUUUAACUUAUACGGGUUUCCGUCCACAUGAGUGCCGGGUAAUGAGGGAACAGAAGAUUACACCCGAAUUCCCUCAGGGUAAAUCCAAGGGCUUUGGUUUUCUCUCCUUUGACACACAUCAGCGAGCGUUGACAGCUCUGAGAAAGUUAAAUAACAAUCCACAAAUCUUUGGCACUCAGCAUCGUCCAAUUGUAGCCUUUAGUAUAGAGGAUCGAGCAGUGCACAAAAUCAAAGAGAAGCGACAAGAGCGAUCCAAACAGAAUAAUCCCACCUAUCAGAACAAACUCGAACAGAAGAAAAAUAAGGGCAAAUCGAAGCCAAAGCCAACUCUAGCAACUCCACCUCAAGGCGAUAACAAAACCAAACUUCAGAAGCAUUUGAAAAAACUGGAAGCUUCACGUGCUGCAAAGGACAAACAGAAAUCAGAGCCACCCAAGCCGACUGAAGAGCAACCCAACUUUGUGGGUGCAGCAGCCAAACCGGGCACAUCUCUACGCAUGCGUUCCAAGAAGAAGAUCGCCGAACAGGCCCAAGAGCAUGUGAAGCGGGUAAAGACCGAGAAACGCAAACAGAAGAAUAAGAAAAUACGCGAAACCCAUCUGGCCGAACGCAAGGCCAAUAAUCGACCCAAGCAGGGGCGUAAAAAGGAGAAAGAUGACCUGCGGCCCUUGAUCAAUAAAUAUAAGAGCAUGAUUAGCAGCAAUCAGGAGACUACCGGGGGUAAAGUUAAGAAACCCAAGCGUACCAAAUGGUACCAAGACUAAAAGGACCUUAAUUGUUAAAACUGUGUAAUAAAACUAUAAAAAUAUGUUAAAA